UGACGGGGGAGUGGAAGAGAAGGAGCCUGCGAAGGGCUGGAGCGGGAGCCGUGCAAGGGAGGCCAGCCCGUCCGCGACAAGCUGGCUGCUGUUUUGUGGCCAUGGCUGUAAAAGACCCCACAGCUGUAGAAAGAGCAAAUUUGCUGAACAUGGCUAAAUUGAGUAUCAAAGGACUGAUUGAAUCAGCUUUGAGCUUUGGCCGUACUCUGGAUUCUGACUAUCCACCUUUGCAACAGUUCUUUGUCGUUAUGGAGCACUGCCUUAAACAUGGUCUUAAAGUAAGAAAAUCUUUUCUAAGUUACAAUAAAACAAUCUGGGGCCCACUGGAACUUGUGGAGAAGUUGUACCCAGAAGCUGAGGAGAUAGCAGCUAGCGUCAGAGAUUUACCUGGCCUCAAAACACCAUUGGGCCGUGCCCGGGCGUGGUUACGAUUGGCAUUAAUGCAAAAAAAAAUGGCUGAUUAUCUACGCUGUUUAAUCAUUCAAAGAGAUCUCCUCAGUGAAUUUUAUGAAUAUCAUGCACUGAUGAUGGAAGAAGAAGGAGCAGUUAUUGUUGGGCUCUUGGUUGGGUUAAAUGUGAUAGAUGCUAACCUGUGUGUAAAGGGAGAAGACUUAGAUUCACAAGUUGGUGUGAUUGAUUUCUCUAUGUAUUUAAAGAAUGAAGAUGAUAUUGGGAGUAAAGAAAGAAAUGUCCAGAUUGCUGCAAUUUUGGACCAAAAGAAUUAUGUAGAGGAACUGAACAGACAACUAAAUAGCACAGUCAGCAGCCUUCAUACAAGAGUUGAUUCAUUAGAGAAGUCAAACACUAAACUAAUUGAAGAGUUAGCAAUAGCAAAAAACAAUAUAAUUAAACUUCAGGAAGAAAAUCAUCAGUUAAGAAGUGAAAACACACUUAUUUUAAUGAAAACACAGCAUCACCUAGAGGUAACCAAAGUGGAUGUUGAGGCAGAGCUUCAAACAUACAGACACUCCAGACAGGGUCUGGAUGAAAUGUACAAUGAAGCACGCAGACAACUUCGAGAAGAAUCACAAUUACGACAAGAUAUAGAGAAUGAGCUAAUGGUCCAAGUUAGUAUGAAACAUGAGAUAGAACUUGCAAUGAAGUUGUUGGAGAAAGACAUUCAUGAGAAACAAGACACCCUCAUAGGCCUUCGACAACAGCUAGAUGAAGUUAAAGCAAUUAACAUAGAAAUGUACCAAAAGCUGCAGGUUUCUGAAGAUGCCAUGAAAGAAAAGAAUGAAAUAAUUGGUCGACUAGAGGAUAAGACCAAUCAAAUUACUGCAACUAUGAAACAAUUGGAACAAAGAUUGCAGCAAGCAGAGAAGUCUCAAGUGGAAGCUGAGAAUGAGGACAAGAAAUUCAAACAAGAAUGUAUGAGUAAAUCUGAAAACCUGCAGAAAGAAAUCUCCCGAAAGGAGAAGCAGCUUGUUCAACUGGAAACAGAUUUGAAGAUAGAAAAGGAAUGGAGACAAACCCUGGAAGAUGAUCUACAAAAGGAAAAAGAAACUUUAUCUCAUCUGAGAGUAGAGACCCAACAAAUAAUUUGUCUUAAAAAAGAAUUCCUUAAACUACAGGACAAAAAUAGGCAGUUGAAAAAGAUAUGUCAUGACCAAGAAGAAGCUCUCCAAGAACUGGCCUGCAAGCUUAGCGAAUCAAAGCUUAAAAUAGAAGAUAUAAAAGAAGCAAACAAAGCAUUACAGGGACAGGUUUGGCUGAAAGACAAAGAAGCUACACACUGCAAGUUAUGUGAAAAGGAAUUUUCUCUUUCCAAAAGGAAGCAUCAUUGUAGAAACUGUGGUGAAAUUUUCUGUAACGCCUGUUCUGACAAUGAACUGCCUCUACCAUCCUCGCCAAAGCCUGUACGAGUCUGUGAUUCCUGCCAUGCGUUUCUUAUACAGAGAUGCUCUUCUAACAUGCCAUAA